AUGGCCGGAGCGGCGGCGGCGGCGGCGGUGGCGGUGGCCGCGGGCGCAGCAGCCGGGGCCGCCGCGGCAGCCGCGUCGCUGGCGGGGGCCCCGGGCCGGGCCUCGGCGGCCCCGCCGCCCCCGCCGGUGUACUGCGUGUGCCGGCAGCCGUACGACGUGAGCCGCUUCAUGAUCGAGUGCGACGCGUGCAAGGACUGGUUCCACGGCAGCUGUGUUGGAGUAGAAGAACAUCACGCAGUUGACAUCGACCUAUACCACUGUCCCAACUGUGCCGCUUUACAUGGCGCUUCCUUGAUGAAAAAGAGGAGGAACUGGCACAGACACGAUUACACGGAAAUCGAUGAUGGCUCCAAACCCGUGCAAGCGGGAACUCGAACUUUUGUGAAGGAAUUACGUUCUCGAGUCUUCCCAAGUGCCGAUGAAGUCAUCGUGAAGAUGCAUGGCAGCCAGUUGACACACAGGUUCUUGGAGAAGCAUGGAUUUGAAGUUCCAAUUAUGGUGCCCAAGCUAGACGACUUAGGACUCAGGCUCCCUCCACCGACCUUUUCUGUUCUGGAUGUGGAACGCUAUGUAGGUGGUGACAAAGUGAUAGAUGUCAUUGAUGUGGCAAGGCAGGCUGACAGCAAAAUGACACUUCACAAUUACGUGAACUACUUCAUGAAUCCGAACAGACCAAAAGUGUUAAAUGUGAUCAGCCUGGAAUUUUCAGAUACCAAGAUGUCUGAGUUGGUGGAAGUCCCUGAUAUAGCCAGAAAACUGUCCUGGGUAGAAAAUUAUUGGCCAGAUGACUCUGUCUUUCCUAAGCCAUUUGUUCAGAAAUAUUGCUUAAUGGGUGUUCAAGACAGCUACACGGAUUUCCACAUUGACUUUGGUGGCACUUCUGUUUGGUACCAUGUUCUCUGGGGUGAGAAGAUUUUUUAUUUGAUAAAGCCAACAGAUGAAAAUUUGGCACUAUACGAAUCUUGGAGUUCCUCUGUGACCCAGAGUGAGGUGUUCUUUGGAGAGAAGGUGGAUAAAUGCUACAAAUGUGUGGUGAGACAGGGACACACCUUGUUUGUCCCAACAGGGUGGAUUCAUGCUGUGCUCACAUCUCAGGACUGUAUGGCAUUUGGGGGAAACUUUCUGCACAACCUUAACAUUGGCAUGCAGCUCAGGUGUUAUGAGAUGGAGAAAAGGCUAAAAACACCAGACCUUUUCAAAUUCCCUUUCUUUGAAGCCAUAUGUUGGUUUGUAGCCAAAAAUCUGCUGGAAACCCUCAAAGAACUGAGAGAAGAUGGUUUCCAACCACAAACGUACCUAGUACAGGGCGUGAAAGCCCUGCACACUGCUUUAAAGCUGUGGAUGAAGAAAGAGCUUGUAUCUGAACAUGCCUUUGAAAUUCCAGACAACGUUAGACCUGGACACCUUAUUAAAGAACUUUCUAAAGUAAUUCGAGCAAUAGAGGAGGAGAACGGCAAACCAAUUAAAUCUCAGGGAAUUCCUACUGUGUGUCCAGUUUCACGUUCCGCACAUGAAGCAACUUCUCCCUACCAUUCCCGACGAAAGAUGCGGAAACUUCGGGAUCAUGCUGUCCGGACUCCUUCUAACCUAGACAUCCUGGAGCUGCACACGAGGGAGGUGCUCCGCAGACUGGAGAUGUGUCCGUGGGAAGAGGAUGUCUUGAGCUCUAAACUGAACGGGAAGUUCAACAAGCAUCUCCAGCCUUCUUCCACAGUUCCUGAGUGGAGAGCAAAAGAUAAUGAUCUCCGAUUACUCCUGACCAAUGGACGGAUAAUUAAAGAUGAGAGGCACCCCUUUGCAGAUCAGAGUCUUUAUACAGCUGACAGUGAAAAUGAAGAGGAGAAGGGAAGAGCAGAACAGGCAAAGGUGAAGACGGAAGAAAGUUCGGGAACUGAAGAGGUGGAGAACGAAGAAUCUCAAAAACCACUUAACAGGUUUUUUACAAGCGUGAAGUCAGAACUCAGGAAUCGAUCAUCAGAAUACUCGGAUAUUUCUGAUUCAGAAGACUCUGGGCCUGAUUGCACUGCAUUGAAAAACAAUUUUACCACUGAAGAGUCUGAAAGUUCAGGUGAUGAGAAAAAACAAGAAGUCACAUCAAACUUUAAGGAGGAUACUAGUGUAAUGAGGACCUUCCUUCAGAAGAGCCAAAAGCCAUCUAGAAGUGAAAUCCCAAUUAAAAGGGAGUGCCCUACCUCGACAAGCACAGAGGAGGAAGCAAUUCAGGGCAUGCUCUCCAUGGCAGGGUUGCAGUACUCCACAUGUCUCCAGAGGCAGGUACCCAGCUCCAAUUGCAGUGGGCACCGAAGCUCUAUGCAGGAACCUGGUGACUGUCAUCGUGCUGGCCUUGAGGUCAGACAGGUGUAUCGCUAUGACAAACCAGUGCAAUGCGGAUACCCUGUCAAGACAGAAGAACCAGAUGUCAGGAGUCCUUCCUGGGCUAAACAGGAUUCAGCCACCAGAUUUAACCUUCAGGAUCCAGGCAGAGGCCAGAAGUGUGUCCGCAAGGAAGGCGUGUCUGAGAGCUGCCCGAAGCUGCAGAGCAGGAGUUCUGUGGACAGCAGUGGCUCAGGCCUGCAGAGUGGAAAGUACCUGCAGAGUUCAGGCUUGGUUUCUGGUGCCGUGAGCCCAGAGAGGUCAGCGGGUGAAUCUUCCUUCUCCAUGCCCCUGCACCCAACCAAGAGACCUGCGUCAAACCCGCCUCCAAUCAGCAACCAGGCAACAAAAGGUAAACGACCCAAGAAAGGAAUGGCCACGGCCAAGCAACGUCUCGGGAAGAUUCUGAAGCUGAACCGAAAUGGUCAUGCUCGCUUUUUCGUGUGAUGACGCUGCUGCUGGGGCCUCCCUUCCCCUCGGAGACCGUUCUUGGGCCGCAAGGAGCCUGGCGCUCUGGCUGAGACCCUGCGGGAAGCAGUUUGCAUGUACAGUAGGGAACACUGCCUGAAGAACAAAAUGAACCCGAUGCUGCAUUUUCACUGUGCCACACCCACUCAGCAAUAACCAGUUUGGACCUGGUGGGAGAGGAAGAAAGAGGGUAGAACCUUAAAAAAGGGACCUUGAACUGGAAAAAGGGUCUCUUCUUCGUCAGGGCUUGAAUUUCAUUUUGUUGUCGGUAGUGUCUUGAUUUAUUUUCUGCGGUAGGGUAAAAAGAAUUAUCAAUAAUUUAUUUAACAGAUUUUUUUUUAAAGUUAACAGCUUUUAAAUUCUUUUUUAAAGCUAUUUAUUUGGAAGAUUUUCUGGAGAACUAUCUCACUAAUUUAGAUUAAAGAAUGUGAAGGUUUUUAAAUUAUUUUUGAUAGUGUAUGUGUUACCUGUGGGAAGUGCCACGGUAAUGCAGACUAGUCUGGACUCUUACAUUUGCUAUUCAGGUUAAAGUCUUAAACAGGGAUUUGAUGCAUUAAUUAUUUUAAAUUAAGAUGUAUAUGAAAAUCAUUUUAUUUUAUAUAUUUCAUGUGCUUUUUAUAAGCUAUUUGCUUCGCUUUUGCUAACAUCCAAGGUGCAUACUGUUAUCCAGGUUGAUUACCUUAUUGUAAUAACCCCGCCUUCCCUCUGCAUUCCCCAACUUUUGUGCCGAUGUCCCAACUCCGUCUCCACAGAGAGAUGCUUUUCAUAGCCCAUGUGUAAGGACAGCAGCCACAGUCCCCCACACAUGCCCUUCUUUUUUUGCCUUUGCAAUUUCCUUCUACAGCUUAAGAGGCUUCUUGCAUUUUCAUUUUUUGCUGAUGGUAUCUGGGUCCCAAAGAGAACAGCUUUAAUCUCUCUUUCCUACUUGUGGGAGAAGUUAUCAGAUGCUUGGUUAAGUUGUCGUGUUAGUCGUUUUUCCAGUACGUUUGUAACAAUGAGGGCCUUCUUCGCACUGCUGGUGUUAGAGGCAGGACACAUUCCUGCCACAGAGGUUAUAUUUUAUGAUACUCUGAUUCUAUGUACCUAAUUUCUUGGAAAAUGUCAUUUGACAUAGUAUAUUCAAAUCUGCAUAAUAAGCCGUUAUACAAUAGGACUAUGCUAUAUUAAGUUGUAUAGAAAAAGCAUGUUGGAGUAGAUUGUGUGGGCAUGUGUGCGUGUGUGUGCGCGUGCGUGUGUGUUUGAUAUUUUAUUUCUUAAAUGUUUAAAGAAUUCCUUGAGCUGCAGAUUUGGAGUAAAAUGGGUGCUUCUUCCAGUUUCUUCCAUUAUCCUAACUUAACCAGUGCAUACCAGAGGUAAGUAUCUGGUUAAGCUUUAAGGAAUCAUUUCUCUUCUCUGUGCACAUUUUUAACUAAUGCAGUUUUAUAAAAGUAAGUAAUUUCUGGGAGUAAGGUGGAGAUAUAUUCCCAGUUUUGACUAUAUAGAGCAUUUUACAAGUUCCUAUAAAGAAAGUUAAGGCAACUAGGAUAACACUUAUUUUUGUGAUGAAGAAAUUUGACUCUUAUGGAUUUUUUUUAAACUCAGCAAUGUAAUAGAACACGUCUUUCUAUACUAAGUAUCACUUGAAGGUCUAAGAAAAUACCAUGCCAUCAUCAUCUUUGGUGACUUAUAGUCAAAUGUUCAUUUUCAAAGAGAAAUAUUUCUUACUCUGUCCCCAUUCCUGUAUAAUUUGUGAAUCGGCCCUUUAGGUGCAAAUGAUUGGAUUAAGUCUGGGUCUUAUCUAGACAUCAAAGAAGAAUUAUUUUUAUAGAAGUCUCACAUGUCUAUGGCUCUAUAAACUCUAUCUGCAUAUUACCCAAGCUUAUCAAUGGAUGGAGGCAGCCAUUUGAUUAGUCUUUAGCUCUCAGGAUGUUUGACUGAUUUUUCCACCUUUCCCCAACAAGACCUCACUCAGAGAGGUUGUUUUCUGUAGACACCGUUUUAGGGUGAUAAUGCACAUGUUUUUAUUUUGAUUGAAGAAAUAAGAAUUAUAAUUUCUCUUUUUUACCUACAUCAUGAUUUGUGCUCUUUUGUUUUCCUUAUCUUCUAAAAAUGUUGUCUAAUAAGUAUUUUAAUGAGCUGAUUUCUUCUCAUUAACUAUGAAAACAAAAAUAAAACAGUUUAUUUUUAUGAAUUAAAA